AUGACCGAACAGAGAAAAACAAGAAAAAUUUUCACAUCGAAAAAAUUCCCAAAUAAACAGGUGCGUACAAAGAAAGUUGUGGAAGUCGAAGAUGAACAAUGUGGAAUUACUUUUAACAAAAUUAAAACGGAUUCUCUAUCCAGUUGUAUCUUUACCAUAAUUUUUGGUGAAUUGAGUGCGAAACCAAUAGCAUACCUGUCCCAUUGUUCACUCACCUACCAACCACGUCUAUUCACACCAACAACAACAGCAGCAGCAUUUAUUAAAGAAAUUGAAAAUGACAUGCUCGAUUUGUUCAAUGAAAAGUAUGCUGCUAAUCCUAUAGAAAAGCCAAAUUUAACCCAAUUACAAAAUUUGAAAAUGGUGAUCGGUGCUGGAGGUAAAGUUAAACCUGACCUAAUAAGAAAAGGUUUAGCCUUACUUAACAGCCCAAAAAACAAUAUCAAUCAACAUUUGAAAACAGAAGGAGCGCUACAUUUAUAUUGCCAGCUUCAGAACAACGUGAAAAUAAUGGAACCAAUAACGUUUAUAAUGAACGACGACGACGAAGAUUUAGGUGCAGAAGGUGAGAAUGUUGUUGACCCACCUGGUAUUAAGCUCCUGUUUGAUUGUUAUACAAAAAAUUUAAAUAAUGCCUAUUUAUUAACUGUACCUGUUCAAGAAAUUUGUAAUCAUGAUCUUAACGAUCAAUUAUCAUCAGCAGGCGAAAAACUUGUCGUGGUUAUUUGUUUUGCUACAGAUUGUACUGCAAGUAAAUCAAUCGCACCAUACAUUGAAUAUUUGAAUGCUAAAUAUUUAAAUGCUGUAUUUCUCAAAGCUGAUAUUGGAAAAAGGAUGAAUGAAUUCAUCAUGUAUUCAAUUGCAGUUACACCAACAUUUCUCUUUUUUCAACAUGGUGAACAAGUUGCUCGUUUACAAUCUGCCAAUAAAGAAUCUAUUGAAGAGAUAAUUUUAAAAUUUUAUAAAGAUGCACCAUUAGAUUAUAUUGAAUACAUGAACCUCAAACCGUUUAUUGAAGAAAAAGGUUGUAUGGCUUUGAAUACAAUUGAUGCGUGGCAAAAUGCUAUAUUUGGAAAUAAAAAAGACUCAUUGAGAUCAAAUGCUGAUAGUUCAGAAGUAGAAAUUUGUUAG